AUGGGAGGGGCGGCGGGCGGAGCGCUCCGUUUCAUUCCGCAGCGGUGGCGGCGCCCGGAGCCCGGCGAGGCGGCGGCGGCGGAGCCCGGAGGCGGCUCCAGACCAGCAGCACCACAGCUUCCAGUCACACCUGCGACUCCGCUGUUGGUUCUGGGCUGUCCCCAUGGUUGGGUGGGCUACAAUGGGGUCUGCUACUACUUCUCACGGGAUUUCAGCACGUGGGAGCAGGGUCAGGAACGGUGCUCCGAGCUCAAUGCCUCCCUGGCCAUUGCCAAGGAUGAGGAGGCCAUGGAUCUGCUCUCCCGCCUCUGUGGGAAUUUCGGUUACUGGCUCGGGCUGCGCAGACGGGGCGAGCGCCUGCACUGGGGGGACGGCAGCAGCUACAGCUCCCGGUGAGUGCCGGGG